AUCAAGCCUUCUCUGGAGGGUGAAGGACCAGCUGCAUUUUACAUUGCUGGAUCACAUGAUGGCAGUCGACCUGGGAUCUGCUAUGUCAACACAACUGAUUACAAAUCACAGCCCAAAUUUGAGAUGGUGGCCCUGGCCCUGCAUGAGGGGAAUCCAGGGCAUCAUCUGCAAACCACUCACCUCCUCGAGAUGGAGGGCCUUCCUGCAUUCCGCAGAUUCCUGGAGGAUCGACAUUACGGCAUCAUGCCAUCCAGAUUCACCUUCUACACAGCUUACAUUGAGGGCUGGGGCCUCUACAGUGAGCGGCUUGGUGAUGACCUCCACCUCUACGAUGACCCUUACAUGAAGUUUGGGAUGCUGUCGAUGGAUGCGCUCCGUGCAUCCCGUCUUGUGGUGGACACCGGACUGCAUGCAUUCGAUUGGGCGCCCGAGAAGGCAGUGAACUUCAUGCUGGCUCACACUGCUGCCUCUAAGCGCACUUGU